AUGGCUACCUCCACAGAAACAGACGGAUCUGAAAACAGUUUUGUCGUGGCACCACCUCGCCUCGUUCCGACAAUUCACAAGACACCUUAUCCGAGCCUUCUACCCCUUCGUCCCGAGUUAAACCAGUCUGGUAGGACGAUCCUGAUCACCGGCGGAUCUGCCGGAAUUGGGCUUGCAAUUGCACGAGCAUAUGCAGACGCGUCAGCUUCAAACAUCAUCCUGACUGGUCGCCGUAGUGAUGUCCUUCACCAGGCAUCCUCCAAGCUUUCGGAGGCGUCUCCUAAGGUGAACAUCAUUCCUCGGGUUUGUGAUGUUUCAAACGCCGAGGAAGUAGCCAGGCUUUGGUCUAGCCUUUCCGACGAGGGCAUCUUUGUCGAUGUCCUUGUUCUGAACGCGGCCAAAUUUGGUCAACAGCAACAGCCACUCCUCGAAACUGACUUGGAAGAGACUUGGUCCCUGUACGAAACAAACGUCAAGGCAGUCCUUGAUUUCUGUCAGCGACUACACAAGCAGCCGGGUGCUGAUGAUAAGAAAAAGUACAUCGUCUAUGUAUCGACUGCUGCGAUUCACCUUCCAUCUAUCGCGGCUGCCCUUCCGGAUUACUCCCUGAGCAAGAUGUCAGGCCAUCUAUUGGUUCAGAAGAUUGCAGAGGAGGUGGACCGUGAGAAAUUGCAGAUUGUCACCUUCCAUCCUGGGCAGAUUCUCUCCGAAAAGGCUCGAUCUGCGGGUCUUGAUGAGAACAGCUUCCCCUUUGAUGAUGAGAAUCUUCCUGGGCGCUGGGCACUUUGGGCGUCAACCUCUCAGGCCACCUUCCUCCACGGCCGUUUCGCCUGGGCAGCGUGGGAUGUUGAUGAGCUGAGGUCGGGGGACGUUAGAAGACGCAUAGAUACGGACCCUAGAUUCCUGACUUUGCAAUUCGUAGGACUCUAA